AGCGUCCGGACAGAUUUUAGUAACCGACUAAUUAUUUAAUUUUCGGCAGAUAACAGAUUUCCGUCGCACUCAUAAUUUUUCCAAGAUUCAGUCCCUCACUCGUUCCCUAUUUAAACCGAGUACAACUUAUGUCAUAGGAACCACUAAUAUUUCACGCAUCCAAGUUUACUUACUCCUCUGACAAAAUGUCUCAAGUAAAUUAUCCUGAGCCUCGAACCCUUCAAUGGGUCCCGAUGUCGAGGGGGGCAUACCCCGAGUGGUCCAUCGAGGCUGGCAUCGACACAGGGAAGAAACUUUAUGUUGCUAGAGCAACCCACCAGUCGGGAUUAGUUCCUGGAAAACUGCACGUCGGACAUUCCGAUGUUUAUAUUGCUUUCGAUGGCAAAGAAGUAAACAAGUCGGAAUACGAGGUUUUAAUUGGACCAACUGCAAGUUUGAGUUGGAUUGAAUCCAGCCAUGGUCAAAUUGCUCCGCAUGCAGUGGUCGGAGGGAAGGACCCAAAUGGUGAGACGUAUUAUAUUGGUCGUGUUAUAAUGAAUGGCACCAUCACUGUGGGAAAAGUGCAUCCAAGUCAUAAUGCGUGCUAUGUUCCAUACGGUGGAGAAGAACAUAAGCACACGAGCUAUGAAAUAUUGGUUCGAAACUUGCUGGGACGAGCUUUAAAUGUAUAGAUUAAGAGUCCAGAGCAUGGAGCAUGCAUUUUAUUUUAAUAGUAACGACUAUUUUAAAAUACAUAAUUGUUAAAAUA